AUGGCAAAAAGAGCAAUGCGAGCAAAGGCUGUAACAAUGGCAGCGAAGGAAGCUGGCGGGGCUGGGGGCGGGGAGGGAGGCAGCCCCCAGCCUCGCCAGGACCCUCGCUUCGCCCUGCACCUCCAGCCCUCUCCUCUCCACGGGUUCCCCUUACGGCUCCCUCCCUUUGCUCCUUCUCCCGGGGAGCCUCAAGGCGGGGGCGAGCAGGUACCUGUCGGGGGUUCGCACCAGCCUGCGACGUCCAGGCCCUGCGGCUUGGCGCAGACGUCUUCAGCCCGGCUCCGGGUAGCGGGUCUGAAGCGGGAGCCACUGGUUCUGAAGAUCUGUCUUAACAGUGGGCAGACAGCACAGAGUUUUUGUGCUGCAGAUCCUAAUCAGAUGCUGUUGUUCAUGUACUUCACAAGUAUAUCUACUGCUCAGACUACUGACUGUCUGCACUUGAGGGAGCAAUGUAUAAAUGAUGCAAAUGGAUGUAAGAGUGUCUGGAAUGUUGUUGAAGAUGUCUGCAAUAUUUCAGGUAAUAGAUGCAAGGCAGAAGAUGCUAUUGGAUGUAAUAGAAUCAUCCAGGUCCUGGCUGACGAAUACCCAGAAUUUAAAAACUGUGUCUGCACUACAGACGAUCUCUGUAGCAUCACGACUUUGCUUGGGAAACAGUGCAGCCUUGAUAAAGAAUAUUUUGAAACUUCCUCAAGAUCAGAUACUGGACUGAGUUUUAGGCAACACAGAGACCCCGAAGACCAAAGUCACCCAGAAGAAUUAGAGAAUGACUGCAGUAUUGCAAAGCAACGCUGCCGAGAGGAUUCUUACUGUUUUCUAGUGUAUAAGAGCUUCCAGCAAGCAUGCCAGGCAGAUGCAGCAAAAUGCAGGCUCCCGAUGGUCAACCAGGAGUGUUUGUCAGCAUGGAAAGAACUGAGGAAAACAGUUCUGGGAGAGUGCAAGUGCUCAGAGCCACAUCAGCUGAGAUGCGUUAAAAUAUGGAAGGGAAUAAUUAACCACCAUUGUUUACAAUAUUCUCAAGAGAGCCAAGCUUCAGCAGCUAGUGAAAAUGAUGAUGAUCAUGAUGAUGGUGAUGUUGAUGAUGAGAAAAAUCAGGACACUGACACAGACAAUAUUAGUACAGAAACAAAAUUACAAUGGAGUUUGUCUGCUCUCUCCAAACAAGCACACACAGCAAACAGAACCUGUUUGGAUGUGAACAAGGAGUGUGUUGAAGAUGAAGUAUGUAACAAACAGUUGUCCCUGUACCUUAAGGUUUGCUCAGUAAAUAAGAAAUGCAACAUGGAAGAAUGUCAAGCAGCCAUAAGAUUCUUCUAUCAAAACAUGCCUUUUGAAGUUGCCCAAAUGAUGACAUUUUGUGAUUGUAUCCAGCCUGAUGAAUCCUGCCACAGAGCCAGAGAACUUCUUCAUGGCAAGCCCUGUGCAGUUACUGCAGUUCCACCCCCAUCAUGUCUGAAUGUAAUCCAUGUGUGUGAAGAGAAUGAACUGUGCAGGAAAAAAUACACAACUUUUCGGUCAAAGUGUUGGAGACACGUGACAAAAAAAUGCUACGAUGAUGAAGCUUGUCUUGAAACUUUAAUCAAGGGUGACAUGCCCUGUUCUGCAAAUGCUGACUGCAAAGCAGCCUACAUUAGCAACUGGGGCACGAUGCUGCGCGUGGAGUGCACCUGCCAGAAUUUACUUCCCACAGAGCAGCCUUUGUGCAAGCUCUUCCAUCACAUGCUUCACAGCAAAUCCUGCUUCAGUGAGUUACGUGAGUAA